CCAUCCACCUUCACCGACUCCCUCGCUCUCCCCAAACUCAUCGUCUUCGAUCUCGAUUAUACGUUAUGGCCCUUUUGGGUAGAUACACACGUCACUCCACCGCUGAAACCAUCGGCAACACACGACUCUGCAAAAGAUCGCUUUGGGGAGACGUUCGCAUUUUAUAGCGACGUCCCGUCGAUUCUCUUCUCACUCCGAGAACGAGGUAUAAAGGUAGCCGCUGCAUCAAGAACAUCUGCGCCAGACCUCGGGCGGGAAAUGCUACGUCUGCUGCACAUAGCAGAUGGGGAGGGGAAGAAGAAGAAAGCGAUUGACUACUUCGACCAUUUGGAGAUAUACCCGGGAAGCAAGAUUACACAUUUCGUGAAGUUGCAGAAGGCAACGGGUUUGAGAUAUGAGGACAUGCUAUUCUUUGAUGAUGAGUCGAGGAAUAGAAAUGUAGAGAGCUUGGGGGUGUAUAUGUACUUGGUGAGAGACGGUGUUACGAUUGAUGAGCUAGAUAACGGCAUUAGAGAAUGGAGGAAGAAGCAUGGACAU